AUGCGGGCGGGCCUGGCGCUGGGGCUGGGGAUCGGGCUGUUGCUGGCCUGGCUGCUGGCGGCGCGGCGGCGGCGCCGGGCGGUGCGCGAGGUGCUCUUCUUCCCGUCGCGGCCCUGCUGCACCGAGGAGCUGCUGGCCGAGGCGGAGGGCCGCGACGGCCGCCCCGCGCCGUGCCCGUGCCCGCUGCCCCGCUCGGACUGCUCCCUCAGCCGCCUCCUGCGGCGUCUGCUGGCCGCCCGCCGCUCCCUCGAGCUCUGCCUCUUCGCUUUCUCCAGCCCCGAGCUGGGCCGGGCCGUCUGCGUCCUGCACCGCCGCGGCGUCCGCGUCCGCGUCGUGACGGACUCGCAGUACAUGGCGCUGAGGGGCUCGCAGAUCGGCGUGCUGCGGCUGCUGGGGAUCCAGGUGCGUCACAACCAGGACGUGGCCUUCAUGCACCACAAGUUUGCCAUCGUGGACAAGAAGCUGCUCAUCACGGGCUCCCUCAACUGGACCAUGGAGGCCAUCCAUAGCAACCAGGAGAACGUGGUGAUCAUGGAGGACACAGAGUACGUGCAGCCUUUUCUGGAUGAGUUUGAAAGGAUUUGGGAAGAGUACAACCCUAGCAACUACACGUUUUUUUCCAAAGAAAAUGAUUAAGUGGCUUCCCUGAGCUGGAGGGGCUUGGAACAGAUGGCACUCGGGGGGUUUAUUAUUAUCCAUAGCCAUCGAUGUAUUACCCAUCUGGUUGUAAUUUCGUUAAGUUCCUCCUGAGCUGCAGUGCUCUCUACCCUGAACUGCCACAGGUGCCUCGUGUGCUAAAUGAGCAGUGAUGACCCAGCUGAUGGGCUCUGUGAGGACACGAGCAAUGGGCUGCUGUGGGCAGGCUGGUGGCUGUGCCCUGCAAUGGGGGAGGUGAGGUUUGAGCUGCGCUCAGGACUUGUGCAGGGAGCUGGGCGUUCUCCAGCUCAUGGUGCUGUGGGAUGGAGCUGUACCCUGAAAGGAGGAUUGUGAGGGCUGCAGCAAAACUGGGGGCUGUGUAGGUGGAGAUGUCACUGUGGUUGUUCUUUUGUUUGCGUGAAUUAUUGACAGUUUGUGGAAGGAAAUCUGGGAAAUGGGAAGUUUUGGUUUGGGUGUGAGUUUCCUCUGGUUUGAGGUUAGUAGAGUUCCAGUGUCAGUGUGUGAGAGCAGACAGCCGUGCCAGCUCAUCUUCCUGCAGUGCAGUGCAGGGAGUCCCCAGAAAGAAAUGAAGCUGUUCUGUGGGCACAGUUGGCCUCGUCUGAAGAGCAACUGCAGCUGCAGUGUAACUUGCAGCAUUGCCUGCAACUUUUAGUGCAGCUGUGUUUGCUGAUCCAGUUAGAGCUUAAACUGCUCCCUACAAAUGCUGCACCUCGCAGUGUUAACGUGCCACUUUCUCAGACAAACUCCACAUCACCUGGAGUGUUUUGCACUGGUGAGUUGGUUGGUUCCGAGAUCCAAAUCACUACAAGUUCCUGGAGAUGCACAGGGUGUUGUUCAGGAUGUGGGGGAACAUCAUCGGAUUGAGGGUUUGUUUUGUUGUGUUGGAGAGAGUUGGCGUGGGUGUGGGGAGACAAAACCAUGCAUUGUAUCUGUGAUGUAGCAGCUGGGGGAGGAGCUGAGGCGGUUUAUUCUGUAGUAAGUCUGGUUCAGCAGGUUUAAAUAUAUGCUCCUUUAAAUAUUUUAUUGUUAAAGUUAUACUUGUUGUGUUUUCUUUGUGAAAUGUAACUAUAAAAGCAGACAGUUCACCCCGUUCA